AUGGGUGCUACGGAUGCAGCAACAGCCCCCGUAGCAGUCACAACGGCCAAGCCUACUGACCCUGCUGACAGUACAGCAGCAACAGCGGGCUCGGUGGCAUUAGAAGCCGUUGUCUCCACGCCAAUCGAACCCGCCAGUGAACCUGGCGAGGAAGACGAAUUCGACGUCAACGAAGGCUGGGAGACAAGGUCGGACGGAUCCGCGAGUGCGAUUUCGACUAUUUACGCGCAUACCUACGAGCACGGCCGUCGCUAUCAGUGCUUUAAGAAUGGCCGGUACCCAAUCCCCAACGACGACAACGAGCAGGACAGAGAGGACAUGAAACAUGCCAUGAUGCUGGAACUGAUGGACGGGGAGCUGUUCCACGCGCCUAUUGGCGAUAGUCCUCAGAACAUUUUGGAUAUUGGCACCGGAACGGGGAUAUGGGCUAUUGAUGCUGGUGACCGAUAUCCGAGCGCUCAUGUGCGUGGUAUCGAUCUAUCUCCCAUCCAGCCAACCUGGGUCCCUCCAAAUGUCGAUUUCUUGAUUGACGAUUGCGAAAAGGACUGGUUGGCAACUGAUUGUGAUUUCGUUCACUUUAGAUUCAUGGUCAUUAUUCUGAAAGACGUCCAAACGGUCUUACAACACGCUUACGAGAGCUUGAGACCCGAAGGAUGGAUCGAGCUGCAGGAACUCAACGCACAGCCUAUGUGCGACGACAACACAAUGCGCGACGAUGAUCCCGUUAAACAUAUGUACGAUUUGGCUGGACAGGCUUUCGGAAAAUUCGGUAUGAAUGUCACUCUUCCUAAACAUUUGGAGCCUAUGCUCCUUGAAGCUGGAUUCCAGAAUAUUCGGUGUAUCGUCAAAAAGGUUCCGAUCGGCGUGUGGGCGAAGAACAAAACUCUCCGACUUAUUGGCCUUUACCAGAAAAUAGCUGUGCUCGAUUUGAUGCCUGCUUUGGCUGGGCGACCUUUUGAGGCUCUGGGAUUGUCGCAAGCGGAAAGUCAAGUGACCCUUGCCUUUGCUAGAAAGGCUCUGGAGGACUCCAAAGUCCAUCGGUAUUUCAACUACUACUUUUGGAUUGCCCAGAAGCCAAGUGGUUGA